AUGGGAGAAUCAACAGAAAGGUAUGCGGUUGUGACUGGAUCAAACAAAGGAAUUGGAUUUGAGAUAGUUAAGCAGUUAGCUGAAGCUGGUAUCAAAGUGGUGCUUACAGCAAGAGAUGAACAAAGAGGACUUCAAGCUUUGGAAACACUCAAAGCUUCUGGUUUAUCUGAUUUUGUUGUUUUUCAUCAACUAGAUGUUGCUGAUGCUGCAAGUGUAGCUGCUCUUGCACAUUUUGUCAAAUCACAAUUUGGCAAACUUGAUAUUUUGGUUAACAAUGCUGGGAUUGGUGGUGUUGAAAUUCAAGAUAGUAAUUUAUUCAGAUCAACACUCCUCACAAAUGGGAAGGCAUUAUCUGAUGAUGAAUUGAGAAGCUCAAUGACACAAACAUAUGAGUCAACUAAAGAAUGUUUGCAAAUAAAUUACCAUGGAGCUAAAACAACAUUUGAGUACCUUCUUCCGCUUCUCGAGUUAUCAGAUUCACCAAGAGUAGUCAAUGUGUCAUCAGCAUUGGGCAAGAUAGAGCAUGUAUCAAAUGAAUGGGCUAAAGGAGUUUUCAGUGAUGUUGAAAACCUUACCGAAGAGAGAAUAGAUGAAGUGUUAAAGGAGUUUCUCAAGGAUUUUGAACAAGGGUCUUUAGAAAGAAAAGGUUGGCCUAGGUAUUUAGCUGCCUAUACUGUUGCAAAAGCUUCAAUGAAUGGUUAUACGAGAAUUAUUGCAAAGAAGUAUCCGAGUUUUUGCAUCAAUUGUGUUUGUCCUGGUUAUGUGAAGACUGAUAUAACUGCUAAUACUGGUUUCUUCACUGCAAAAGAAGGUGCUGCUCAUCCUGUUAGGUUAGCAUUGCUUCCCAAUGGUAGUCCAUCUGGUCUCUACUAUAUCCGAAAUGAACUCUCUUCAUUUUGA